GGUGGCAAGAAAAUCCGGGGAAGUACAACCUCCGAGUCAACGACGGAGAUACCCUGGAGAUCUCCCUCCGCCGCACAGAAGACAUCACGGACACUGAGAGUGAUGAUGAUGAUACAGAACCCGACGAGGACAUGGAAGAGGAUGAAGAAUCAGUGCUGCGAUCCUCUGAUUUGUCCAUAGGAAGCCCCCCACAAGGACCGGGCCCGCAUGGACCCCCUCCGCCGGAACCGGUCAAUCGGCAACGAAGCCGUAGCCCGAGACGUAGCCCGGAACACACACCGGAGGAGAGUGGUACCACAGCAGCCACCCUGGAACUGGCCAAAUGUGUUCCUGGCCCGAGCUUUGACCUGCAGGAGGAUGUUGUGGAGCUCCCACACGAACCCCAAGACAUCAGGCAGGCAUUUCAUGUUUGGCCACCGGACUGGUUUCGUGACCUGCAGUUGCCGCCGAAGCUCAAGCAGGAGACAAAAAAGGCCAUGUCAGACUUGGUCCACUGGACGAAGGUCCUGCGAGCCGGAAUGGAUCAGGACGCUGUAGAGGUGGAUCUCUAUGUUGACGGCUCAUAUUUUGCGAAGCCACGGAAGAGCGGCUAUGCUGUGGCGGUUUCCCUGAGAUGUGCAGGCGCCCUUGCCUUGUUCGGAUUAUUUGGCGAGGGCAUCCUAGGCAACUGUUCGAGUAUCUGGUCCUCCUCGUCACCACCUGCACUCUUUGCUGAGCAGGUGGCUUUGGCUGGUGCCCUCCUGUGGAUUGGACAGAGUGUCAACUUCCUCAGGGCGAGCAGCUACAAGAUCUACUUUGACUGUCAGGUUGCGGGCUAUGGAACCAAUGGCCUCUGGCAAGGGCAGGACGAGUUUACGGCGAAGCUGAGAGCAUUGGACCGGUAUGUCCAGGGGGUUGCCGGGCAACGGAUCAGCUACGAACACGUGCACUCCCAUAGAGGACACCCAUGGAAUGAGCUGGUUGAUGUGGCUGCAAAAUCCGUGGCUGUAACCAUGAACGAACUACCCGCCCCUCCUCGUGACAAUUGUGCAGCGUUCCUACGACUUGAUAUGUCAUGGAUGGCUACGAUCUCCCGAUGGGGACCGAGUGAGGUUAUCCAAAGCAGGGCUGGGAAAUGGCUUGUCAUCCCACCCAAGACUGCACCACAGGGAAGCCCAUUGGACAGUGCAAAGCUGGUCCCCCUGACCAGCCACAACCGAAUGGGGAGGACUUCCAGGGGCAGCACUUUUUCGACGAAGUGCGCCACUAUUAAUGUGCAGGGACUACGAGCCAAAAGCAAAUUCCUGGCGGACCAGUUUGAAGCCGGAGGCUAUCGCAUCAUCUUCCUCCAGGAAACGAAGAGUACUGGUGGGUUGUGGACACCAGGGACCUAUAUGAGAUUUUCCACAGAUUCGCAGAAGCAUUGGGGAACAGCGAUUUGGCUACAUCGACGUAUGGGUUUCCUCGAUGUGAACGGACAGGCCCUGGAGGUCGAUGAGCAUGAUGUCACGAUCAAGGCCCAGGAGCCCAGGCUGUUGAUCCUUGAAAUUGCCAAAGGUGGGAUGAGAUGUGUACUUUUCUCUGCCCAUGUUCCCCACCACGAUAAGGCAGAUGAGCGAAUGACCUUCCUCACUGCCCUACAGCAGCAGCUGCAGGCCAUGGGAAAGGCCGACAUCAUCAUCGGUGGCAUGGGCGGCAAUGGACGAGUCCCUUGCAACAUCCACCCGACCACUGGAUCCCUGGAAUAUGGAGAGCCUGAUGAGGCAGGAGCCCAUUUGGUUGAGAUGUUGACGGCCAGCAACUUAUGGAUCCCGGCCACCUUCGAUGAGCUCCAUUGCGGCCCGAGUGAAACGUUCUGUCAUGCCAAUGGCCAGUACCACAGGAUUGACUACUUGGUGGUUGGAGGCAGCUCGUGGGUUUCGCAGGUACGCAGCUAUACAGAUCAUGAAAUUGACAUGGCGGCUGUCAGGGAUGACCACUAUGUGGCCUCUAUGGACAUGGUGGGACAAACCUGGAGUGAUGCAGCGACCCAAAAACUCUGGAGGCCUCGCUAUGACCGAGAGAAGAUGGUCACUCCAGAGGGCAAGGCCAUCCUCACAGCAGCACUUGAGGCGUAUCAGCCGCCCCCCUGGUGGACACAUGUCGAUGUCCACUGCCAACAAGUGCAGGAGUAUGUGUGCCAGGUGCUGGAGACACACUUUCCGGCGCCGAAGAUCACCCGCACCUCCUACAUCCCUGCGGAGGUAUGGCACUGGCGAGACCAAAAACUUGCCCUGAAGCGAAGAACGGGGCAACGAAAGUUUAUGUGGGCGCGAGGCCUUGCAGCAGCUUUCUAUCAAUGGUCCACGGGAGGCAAAGGGCUUGUCGAAGCUCUGGUGAGGAAAGAUGGGCUACUCUACCAGCUGGCUGCCAGUGCCAUCGGCUAUGCAACCCACCGCAUCAAGCAGGCGAUAAACAUUGGCAAGGCCCAGUACCUCAGAACGAUCGUUGCCGAGGGCCCGCAAAGCGCCGCCAGCAUCUUGCAAAGAGCAAAGCGACAUGGUGUCGGAGGACGGAAGCGAAUGCCAUCAUCCAGACCCUUGCCCCUGCUGCUGGAUGCCAAAGGAAACCCGGCUCGAAACCAGGACGACCAUGACCGUAUCUGGCUGCAACAUUUUGGAGACCAGGAAUAUGGCAAGAUCAUGGAGCCGGCGGCCUUCCUUAACAUGCCGGACGCUGCCCAGAAGUACGAGGAAGGUGUGGUGUGGACAGCGGACGAUCUCCCAACUGUUGGGGAAAUCAAACGCAUCUGCCGUACUGCUCCGACCAACAAGGCAAUGGGUUUGGAUGGCAUACCAGGCGAGGUCCUUCGUGCCUGCCCAGUGUCGGCAGCUGCAGCUCUGGAGCCCUUAUUCUUGAAAGCAGCAUGGGGUCUCCAACAACCGGUGCAGUGGAGGGGAGGAGUUAUUUACUCCGCCUGGAAACAGAUACUGCAGCUCUUGCAAACGGUCGGCUGGAAUGAUAUGACGUGGGCCGAUGACACGGCCCUCCCCUUCGACGACCCAGACUUUGGGCUACAGCCCAAUUUGAAGCGAGGCAAGACCACUAUUGUGGUGGCCUUGACUGGUAAAGGGAUCCAGAAGGCGAGGCAGAGCCACUUUGGGCAUGGGCGAAAUACCUUAGUGCUGGAAGACCUCGGGGUUGAGAUCCCGGUGGCGCCGCAGUACGUACACCUGGGAGGUAUCAUGGAUGCCAAGCUGAGCAUGAAGCCCGAAAUGCGACGUCGCCUUUCCAUGGCAACUUCAGCCAUGGAUUCGGGAAAGAAGCUCAUCUUCCAGAACGUGCAGAUCCCACUGGAUGUCAGAGCUCAACUCUUCGAGAUGUCGGUCCUUUCUACAAUGUUCAACCUAUCGCUCUGGAUUCCGGAGGGACAGGCUUGGAAGUCGCUCUGCCAAGGCUAUACCCGGAUCCUUCGACAGCUUCUAUGCCCUCGCUACCCUGGUGACCGCAUUUUCACAAUCCCGGCCCCUUUUGUCCACAUUGCGACCAACCGUUGGAGACUUGAGCUCCAUGCUGUUAAGUCCAGAUUGACGAUAUUGACAGCAAUGGUGCAAACUGGACCGGAUCUCCUCUGGGGUGUACUCCAACAGGAGCAACAGUGGUUUGCAGUGAUUCGCCAUGACCUGGAAAUGAUGCGGACUUAUUUCCCGGAAUUGCCUUGUGUUACCGUGGCUGAGUGGCCCAGCUGGUGGCACUACCUGAAGGAACAGGGGGGCCAGUUCAAGUACCGGGUCAAGAAAGCCCUCCACCAGGAACAUGAGAAACAGUGUCGACAGGAUGCGGCGAUUGUUGGUAUCUGGCAUUUCUACAGACAGCUCCGGGAAAAGAUGCCAGGGGUCACCCAAGAGGCCACGACUUGGGGAUGCCGUGGAUGUUCUAAGACCUUUCGGUCAAAAGGGGGCUUGGGAGCCCACUUUUACAAGACUCAUGGUCGCGAAGCUGCCCACCGAAAGUGUGUGGCUGGAUCCAUUUGCCGGGCCUGUGGCAAGCAAUUCUGGUCCACCGAGCGCCUAGGGGUGCACCUUCGUACUUCCAGGACGUGUGUCAACCGACUCUGGCGAGGGGGUCACACGGUGGAGACUGCCCUACCUGGGCAGGGAAGUAAGGACCACAGAAAGCGAGCGGUGGAGGAAUACAACCUUGCACCAACAUGCCAGAUCUACGAGCCCGAGGAGAACGACAGUGAUGAAGUUUGGCCAGAAGUACAGAAGCGUGCUUCCAGGGAGAUCAGCGAGGUCCUACUGGAGCAGCGAAUCUGGUCAACCAACGGCGACCUCCAGGACAAACUCUUGGCUGUACUCAGCCGACACCCGCUGUACUACAGCGAGGAAUGUGAAGUCCUACUACAAGCUGGAGCGGAUGCGGAUAUCUUAAUUGGCGCCGGAGAGAGUCCUUGGGAUGAGGAGUCCUCCCAUCGGGUGUUGGAGGUGCUGCAACAGCGUGAGGUUUGGCACCAGCAGAUCACCAACGCCCGAGAAGAAGCAGGCGCCAAGGAGAUGUCGCUGGAACUGUUCCAGGAGCAGCGGAAGACGAUCGAAUGGAGCCCACUUUUGGCUCUAUGUCGACAGGAGUGCGGGACCCCUGAGCCCUUUCUGAUAAUCCUGGGCCCCGAUUGGGAAGCUUCGAAAGCGAGGCCUAGUGGAAAGUGCACAGCCGAAGCCGCGCUCGAUGAUCCGCUUUGCUUCAUGCCCAGUCAAGUCGGAGAGCUGUGGGAGCACGUUUGUAAAGGACGUCUGUGCUCUGUCGUGGCCCCGGCUACUUUCUGGCAAAGCCCUUGGGGUAGCCCUUUUGCGAGCCUCAAGGCCGAU